AUGGCUAAUUCCAUCAAAAUAGUCCCAGCAUUCGUAGGUCUCUCCCUCCUCAACGCAUCCAUCUACGAUGUCCCCGGUGGUUAUCGUGCAGUCAUGUUCGACCGCUUUUCAGGAGUAAAAGACAAACCAUCACCUGAGGGAACACAUUUCUUGAUUCCAUGGCUGCAGCGAGCCAUCCUGAUGGAAACUCGAACGAAACCAAAGCAUAUUACUACGACAACCGGCUCUAAGGACUUGCAAAUGGUCUCCAUUACACUUCGAGUGCUCUUACGACCCGACGUCGAUGCGCUUCCAAAGAUUUACCAAAGCCUCGGCUUGGAUUACGACGAACGUGUCAUUCCAUCCAUUGGAAAUGAAGUCCUCAAGAGCAUUGUGGCGCAAUUUGAUGCUGCCGAGUUGAUCACCCAGCGAGAAGUGGUCAGCGCCCGCAUCCGUGAAGACUUGGUCCAACGAGCCCGUGAAUUCAACAUUCGACUAGAAGAUGUGUCUAUUACCCACUUGACGUUUGGAAAGGAAUUCACAGUGGCCGUAGAAGCGAAGCAAAUUGCGCAGCAAGACGCCGAGAGGGCCAAGUUCAUUGCUGAGCAAGAACGUCAAGCCGCCGUCAUUCGUGCAGAAGGCGAAGCCGAGGCCGCUGCCACGAUUUCCAAAGCCCUGGAAAAGGCCGGGGAUGCUCUCGUCACGUUUAGACGUAUCGAAGCGAGCAAAAAGAUUGUCGAGAAUCUGGCCCAGAACAAGAAUGUGACCUAUAUCCCGAGCGGGAACGGCAACGUGCUGCUAAAUACAGAGUACAUGCUCACCGAGAUUUUUGCCGUGGCGGGACCAGUACAGCACGUAAAGAUCAUCCCAGAUCGCAAUUACCAGCACGGUGGCCUCAACUAUGGGUUUGUCGAGUACAUGGACAUGCGAGCAGCCGAAACUGCGCUCCAGACGCUCAACGGACGUAAAAUCUUUGAUACAGAGAUCCGUGUCAACUGGGCGUACCAGGGAACGACCAACAAGGAAGACACGACGAAUCAUUACCACGUCUUUGUCGGAGAUCUCAGUCCAGAGGUCACGGACGAUGUCCUUUCAAAGGCCUUUUCCGCCUUUGGCACGCUUUCCGACGCCCGGGUGAUGUGGGACAUGAAUAGUGGAAAGUCGCGUGGUUAUGGCUUUCUCGCGUUUCGCGACAAGACCGACGCCGAACAAGCCAUUGCUACGAUGAACGGAGAGUGGUUGGGCUCGCGUGCCAUCCGCGUCAAUUGGGCAAACCAAAAGACGGGCGGGAUGGGAGGCGGAGGGAUGCCGCCAAUGCCCAUGGGAGCGAUGAGUCCGAUGGGUGGGAUGGGUAUGGCGUCCCCCAUGUCUGCACCGAGUGGCCUCGCGCGUCCAGCGGGUACACCUGGUGCCAUGAGCCCUGGUAUGCCACCGUACGGACAAAUGGGCAUGCCGCCCGUUGCGCCCACGAUUCCUCCCUUGGCCAUGCCAGGUGCAGCGGGCAUGUACGAGCAAGUUCUCGCCCAGGCGCCACCGCACAAUACGACCGUCUACGUGGGCAACCUGCCAAGCUAUGCGACCCAGUCUGAUCUCAUCCCUUUGUUCCAAACAAUCGGCUACGUCUCGGAAAUUCGUAUCCAAGCCGAUAGAGGGUUUGCGUUUGUCAAGCUCGAGUCGCACGAGGCAGCUGCUGCCGCCAUCGUUCAACUCCAGGGCCACCUCGUCCAGGGUCGACCGAUCAAGUGUAGUUGGGGCAAGGAUCGUGCGGCUGGUGAUACGAGUACGCCGGUUGCGAGUAUGACUCCAACGGGAACGUCGAGCCCGUACAGUAGCAUGCCCAUGUAUGGUAUGCCCAGCCCAACGACGUAUCCGGGCUUCAACCAGUAUUAUCCUGGUUUCACUGGUGGCGCCACCCCUGCGGCUGGUGCCCCUGCAGCCACGGGCGCUGCGUCGCCUGGAGGAGAUCCAAACGCGGCUUCGAAUUGGGGCGCCCAAUACUCCUACUGGGGUGGAUACUAUAAUCAGCAACCUGGCCAAGGCGCCGAGGGAGCCACACAAUAA